CGUUGACAUAAGGCCGGUCGUGCCCACUCAAAUUUCGAAAUGUGAUGUGCUUCGAUAAUACCGCGAUAGAAUGAUCAAAAUCGGCAUAGACCGGGAGCAAAAGUGCCAUUCCCUACAAUUUUCGUAGAACGCGAUUAAAAUGCGCUUCAACAAGCAAGAGUUGGUCGCGUUGGCCACUCAGCCGUCGACCAAGUUUGAAAAGGAGGGCAUACUUUACAUCCGCGAGAGGCAGGAGGGUUUUUUUCGUAAAUCCGAAAGAGGGAAAAAAAGCAACAAGGAAAAAAGGCUCCGAAAUCUGAGCUGUGUCGGUGGAAUUAAUAAAGUAAACCUGGAGCGAUGGUGCCGCCUCCGCGGCAACCUGCUCUUCUACUUCAAGAGCGGGGACCCCUGGUCGGAACCGUUGGGCGUGAUCGUGCUCGAGCAGUGCCAGGUCCGUCUCGACGCUCCCACGGCGUCUUCGCCCCUCGCCGCCGACGGCCACUACCCCUUCUACUUAGUGUUUGACGGCGGCCUGUGUCAGGCGCUCGCCUCCACGUCGGGUGCGGAGCGCUCCAGCUGGAUGGACGCCAUCCGCGGCGCGAGUUACGAAGGGGUGCGGGCGGAGCUCAACGCGCUCCGCCAAUGCCUGGAGCGCCGACGCUGCCACAAGCCGAGCGUCGACCUGCACACGUGGCGGCUUCAGCAUAACCACGCGUUCGACGUCACCGAGGUGCCCCUGUACGAAAUCUCGCUCGCGUGCGACAACCUCCUCUGCGACGGCCACGGCCGGCCGCCGAACCCCACGUUGCUGGUCGACGUCUUCAUGGCGCCGCAAAAGACGUGGGUGCAGUACGGACGCACGGAAAUCGUCGACAGGAGCAGCAACCCGCAGUUCCUGAGCACCGUGAGUUUUCGGUCGUCGGACGGGCUCGCGGGCGACACCCGCGUCCGCUUCACCGUCUACGACGUGCGGGAGCGGGUGUCGCACACCGCCGUGCCGCUGGGCUCGUCUUGCGUCCUACUCAGCGCCGUGCAGGAUUCGUCCAGGCUGAGGAUACCGCUGGUGUCGCGGCAAAACGCGACCGUCGGUUUCCUGACGGUCAGCUCGUGGUCGCCGGAGGCGGAAGACAGGGGCAGCAGCACGGAACACACGCCGUCGCGGGUCCCGAACGCCCAUCCCAACCCACAGGUGUGGUCGCACAGGAGGUCGCAGUCGUUACCGCCCCGUCUCGGGGUUAAGAUGCGCUUGCCGAACCAGGCGGAGCUGAAACUGCUGUUCGCGGCGCCCCACCUCCAAACUUAUCGCUUCCAUUCCGGCCUGGGCGGCGACAUCUGCGUCCACGAGUACAUGGCGGAGAGCCGGCUGUGUUUCGCGUUCCCCCACCAGUUGCUCGACGUGUGGAUCCGGCAGGAGAAGGAGCUGCUGCAGGAGGUGGCGGGGAUGGGCGAGCUGCGCGAGCCGUGGCACUCGCGACAGGUGGAGCUGCUCGACCGCCACCUGCACCUGCUGCGGCUGUACUCGCAGGCGCGCGAGAACCUGCGCGCGCACUCGGGCGCCCUCUUCAAGAAGAGUUCGCGCAAAAACGACCGCAGCCUCGAGUUCGUGCCGAUCAACCUGCACCUGCAGCGCAUGUGGGUGCACAACGAUACGUUGAACAAGGGCGGCUUCUACGAUUGGGUGACGGUGGGCGCGUUCGCCGCGCACUCGCACCGCUCCAAGAACGGCGGCCUCAUCCGAUUGGUGAGGCAGCUGAAGGAGUCGCCGGCGCGUCACCAGGUCGCCGCCAAGAUCUCGAUGGCCAACGACGCGAUCCAGGCGAUCAAGCAGCUGCGCAAGGAGGUCGUCGAGGCGAUGAAGUGCCUGAUGAGGCUCGCGCGGGACAAGCGGACGGCGGGGAUGCUGCCGAUCUGCGACGACAUGGUCAGCAAGUCGCGCAUCCUGCUCAGCCUGUGGGACCCGGGCCUCGUGGAGGAGGCGCUCGCCUUCGUCGAGGAGCACAAGCUGGCGCCGCCCGCCGACGACUCGGGGGUGGUCGAGGACCUCGGCCUCGACGGCCGGCCCGGCCUCGCGCUCUCGCCGUUUAAGCGGAUCACGCAGCAGCUGACCUCGCUCGACCUCAAGAGUCCCGAGCUGGAGGACUUCGCGACGCCGUGCGCGUCGAAGAGCGUCGACGAGUUGUGGCGCGCGGCGCCGGACGAACGCGAGAGCCUGCUGGACACCAGCGACGGCCUGAGGACCCUGUGCUCGGACAUGGCCACUCCGGACGAACGGGACUUCGUCCUGUUCCCGGACGCGGACGACGCGGACGACGCGAAUGGGGAGGUGGCCGACGCUGGUGCGCGGCCCUUCUUGGACACCAACGCCAUGUGCAAUUCGCCGUCGGCCAACUACUACAAGCCCACCGACGAGCCGGAGCCCUGGGACAUCACGCAGCUCAACAUCGAGGCGAGCGUCAUGUGUCUGGUGAGCAAGGUCAAGUUCUUGUGCGGCCGCUGCGGCAGCCCCGCCGUCCGACUCAAGCAGCAUCCCGUCGCCAAGAGGCGGGUGAUUACGGAACAGCCCUCGGCCAAACACAAGGUGGUCCGCAACGGCAACAAGUUCACCGACGGCCUCGACCUGACCAAGAUCAGCGACUGGGCGGCGGAGCUGCGCCCGAGCAUGCGCAAACUGCGACAGGCGAUGGACGGGCUGCUGAAGACCGCCCGGCUCACCCACUCGGCGUUCCGGGUCCAGGAGGACCCCAAGUCGGCGCAGCGGGCGUGCAACGUACGGUACCGGCGCGACGUAUGCUUCUCCCAAGCGCUCACCGCUCUCGUGGCGGGUUUGAUGACGCGCCUGUGGUGCCACAAGCCCGACCCCGCCUUCGUCAACACCCUGACGCAGCUCGGACCUCUGGCCCACUUCGAGGGCCUGCUGAGCUACCACGGCAACGAGAUCGACAUGUGGGGCGACAUGUCGGUGGCCGUCGAAGACCUGCGCACGGUGCUGUUCGUGUUGGCGCGUUGCCCGACGGAGCCCCACCCUACGCCCAAGGUGUCCGGAUCGCGGAACUCGCUGAGCGUGGUGCUGCCGGUGCCCGACGGCCUGUACUCGCUGGUGCCGUCGCGGCAGACCGUCAACUUUCACGUCACGCCCGUCUUCUUCAACGUCGGCAUCAACGAAAUGGCGAGCAUCGCGGAAAGCGUGGGCGCGACCAAGCCCCAGGAGCGGUCCAACGUAGACAACUUCGACCGCCUGUACGAGUACUACCUGCGGUACCGCAAGAUCGAUCGGUGCGAGUCGACGGGCCAGGCGAGGUCGUUGUCCGCCCUCGUCGACGACCUCCGGAACGAGGUGCGCUCGGGCAAACCGAAGAACGUCGAAGUGCUGAGGUUAUCCGCCCAGAUCGCACGUCUGAUGAAGGGGAUGCGGUUCACCAGCUGCAAGAGCGCCAAAGACAGGACGGGGAUGUCGGUGACGCUCGAGCAGUGCCGCAUCUUAGCGGACGAGUACCAUCUGGCGGAGCACGAGUUUCAGAGGGCGCUCGACUGCAUGCGGAGCGAGGGCUGCAGACGCGAGAAUACCGUGAAGAACGUCGGCGUGAAGAAGUACGCGUUCAACUCGCUGCAGCUGCUCGCGUUCCCGAGGGCGUACAAGCCGCCCCCCGGCACCUACGGCUCGGCGCAGACGUAGGGGGGCGGCGACGCGUCCGCCGAGUUCUUCCGACGGUGCCAACGAUAGUCCGGGUAUACUUAGCGGCAUUACGUGUUUAGUUUGUACGAAAAUAAAGAGGUUUUAUUGCG